GAGGGAGUUCCACCGCGACCGCAAAAAAGGAGACCAGACACCACACCAACGCAAACCCUCACCACUCUCUCCUCCAUCUCCCUCGCCGCCGGCGCCGCCGCCAUGCUCCGGCUGCGAAGCUCCAUCCUCGUCCAUCUCCUCUCUUCUUCUCCGGCCGCCUCUCCCGCAUCCCAUCUCCACCGCCUCAUAUCCGGUGCCGCGCCCGCCAUUCCCCCGAACCCUAGUGGCUUCACCAUGGAGGAGUACCUAGUCUCCACCUGCGGCCUCACACAUGCACAUGCCGUCAAGGCCUCCGCCAAGCUCUCCCACCUCAAGUCCCCCGCCAAGCUCGACGGCAGCUUCACCUCACCCCGAGAGAGGGGAGCGCCCAACCUGUCCCCUCCCUUUCUCUCGGUCCUCGAUUGCCAGAUCUGCUCCCCGGCGAGCGACCAAUCUCUUGUACGCCGGUGGCUAUGGUCCCGCUCGGGCCAGGGGCCUUCGUGUCCUGGAGAAGGCGAGCGGAGUAGUAGCCUCCUGUCGAUGCGGGCAGGGCGGUGGCUGGUUCCAGGUUUUUUUUCAGGCACGAGUGCAGGCGAAUCUCAUCCAGACACGGCAAAGUCAAGCUGCAGAUGCUGAAUCUGAUGUGUGUGUUAGAGUGAAUUGAAGAUGUUUGAUGAUUGCGUGAAAUGCUAGGGUAUUUGAGUAUGCGGUAUGCCUCUCAUGAGUAAUGGCUAUUGUUUGUUCUUUGUUGGGGUCACACUCAUAGGAAUGGAUUAUUGUUGUAGUCUGCCUUGUGGUUAUUACUAUACGUGUUUUAUGGUAAUCCCAUUACUCAGUAGAUAGUAAAAUGGUAGAAUGAUGGUCAUGAUCAGAGAUGCGUAUUAUAUCCUCUUUGAUGGUAUCCUUUUUCCUCUUGUGGUUGCUAGAUGAAAACUUUAUAAUAUUUUUGGGGCCAAGAGUCUAUUAUAACUGA